ACGUUUGCUGCAUGUGGAUGAUAACAAGAAACAGCUCCUCGUGUACAUUCGAAUAUCGUAUGUCCAACGGUGAAAGCAGAAGGCUUAAGCGUGUCUGAACCUCUAGUAUCCACUUCGUGCUUCCCACGGGUUAAUCAACUGUGGCUGACCAUUACAUGCAACCCUCGAUCUGCGAUAUGAUGCAACUCGUUACAAACUCAUAUGUAACCAGAAAAAACCUGUACGAUUUGGCUCUCAGAUGUUCAGAAAGUGGUUUGCAUCAACUAAGUGAAUGAUGAGCUCACGCAUGUACCAAAAAGAACUCACCAGAAACUGACACACUGUUCAGAUUUCGGCAAAUAAAAUUCUCUGUAGGUUGGUUUGAUCAUGUCUGUCUUACAAUCACCAACUAAAAUUUGAAUAAUUUGCGUCAGCUCAAUAGUGUAAGUUGUCCUCGUUGCAUUACUAGUGGAGUCUAACAAGCUGCUUACUCACAAUGUAAACAAUGUAGACAAUUUGUCAAAGUUCAUCCAUUUUUUCUUAUCUAGUGCUUCAACUGUUGUUCAGACAGCACGAGAAUUUGGAACAUGGGCGGAGUGCUGAGUCGUUCUCCAACCCUCCUUUGGCAAUGAUCGCGUAACCAACCCUUCGCAUGGGGAUUUACAAGCAGUUCUGCACACUGCUGAGAGCCAAUUUCUCUCCCAGUCGACCGGGUGAACUCGCUUACAGACAGUGUCGGACAACCCACUUCGGAUACUCUGAUGGGAUCUCUAAGAGUUUAACAUAAGACGUCUAACGCUAGCUCCGUGCCGGAAGAAGCCGUCGAGGAUCUCAACAUUCUGCGUCUAUUUCUUCUCAACGAAGAAUUUGGUCUAGAUAUUUUCUCAUUUUCGACACGAUUGCCUAACGACGGCAUCGACAUUAGCUGUGUCAUCAGCAUCAGCUCAGUGUACUCGUGACACUCCUCUCGGCGAGGGAGUAGCCGUCUUUCGCGAUAUGCUGUUUUUGGUUUCGUUGGUCUCCCAGGAGAGGGAGGGUGGGCUGCGCCUGCCAAGGAGGUAGUGCAAUACCGAGGCGACACUGGCAGAUCCUCGACAGCAAGCUGCCGAACUGGACCCGCACCCUGAAAGAAAUUAGAUUAAUAUCGUGAGGGUCGAUGACCCUCGUAUCAGAUAUUAAACUGAUAAGAACAGAUACUACACUUGAUCUUAGCCAAAAGGCCGAGAAAGGUAUGCCUCUGCACCCAAACUCGGAACUAUAUGAGGCUCGAGGGAUCUCAGUCCUAGCCCAUUGAUCAUGGGUUUUAUUCUAUGCAGAUUUCGAUUCGCUGUUGGUCACUAUUUCUCGGAGCGAGUCCCUUCGUGUGCCCUCGGAAGAAAACUGACUGAGAAACAAAUUGGAAGCCUAUCUCCUCUUAGUCGAAUGAUAUAUCGAGUUAUAUCAUUCGAUCAACUCUAACGUAGACGGAUCGUGUUGUAAGGACUUUCUAUUUUUGCAAAAGGAGUGCAUAUCCACUUCUCUUUGGACCAAUUAUUAAAAGGUCUAACAUGAAAUUCGAAGAAGAUUCGACUCAGCACACGAUGAUUUCAUCUACAUUCUGUCAAUCUGUGAUUUCACACAUGCCGAGAUGGGAAUACCUAAGACUCGAGGGCUUUGAAGGCUGCGAGGUGGGGAUUAACGUAAUGAUGACUUUCUAGAGAGACAAGAUUCUUACCAUAAGAACCUGCUCAGCUUUCUCAUCCCAUAUGAUCAGUGAUUCCCGUUGGCACGUGGGUGUUUCAAAAAUCGGCCUACGCAAGCAAAAUCAGCCUCAAAGAGUGACGAGGUUCGAUGCACAUACACCUGAGAUCGAGAUGAUACUACUCUGUACUUUAGGUGCACAGACUGCAUACUUCAUAUCUGUUUUAGCCGAGAUCGAAGACACACUGAACGCGCUUUCCGAAUUCAUAUUAAUCUUCGCUCGAGCACAACUGCAAGCUGUCUCUUUGAAGGAAGUCAAUGUGAAUGACCAGUGAAGGUCCGAGUUUCGGGAAGCAGCACGGAAUUUGACGUCGAGUUUAGUAUCUUUCGGAUGUGAGACGGAAGUUCUGAAGGGAAGAAGAUGUUAAGACCUUGACAGAGUCUUUGACGUGAUGCAUUAUGGAUCACUUCCUUCAAAGAUUGUCAUGAUUUCCGUCACAAUCGGGAUUCCGGCCUAGAAGAAGUGGGUCAAAUCCCAAGUCACUGUCACCCACUGUUGCACGCAAAUCCUGAAUUUACGAAAGAAUAACCGAUUCUACGAGCAGCAUUUAAAUAACAAAUCGGUGUCUGGUCACGAGCACAAAUUCCGAGA